AUGGCGACGGCUGGCAUGCGCGUGCUCGUGCUGGCAGCGCUGGCAGUGGGGCUGCUGGCGGCGGCAGUGAGUGGAGCGUGGGACGCCAUGAAGGUAGCCAGGGGCCUGGUCCCAGAGGAGGGUCCCGCGGCUGGCGGGGUGGGCGCGGGGCAGCAGAGGAAGGGCGCGCGCAUUCUGGCGGCUGAGACCUUCGCUCACCACGCCCCUCUGCCCGACUACCUCGACCACAUCCCCCGCCGCCAGGCCCUCGCCACCAGUACGCAACGCUGCUCCCUCCUCUCCCUCUCUUUCCUGCUUUGGUUCCUUAGCUCUGUUGUUCCUUUCCUCUCACAGCCCGUUCCUGCUCUCCUGGCCUCUCAUUUCUCUGCUUUCCUGGCCUCUCAUUUCUCUGCUCUCCUUGCCUCUCAUUUCUCUGCUCCCUUUGCCUCUCAUUUCUCUGCUCCCCUUACCCCUCAUUUCUCUGCUCCCCUUACCCCUCAUUUCUCUGCUCCCCUUGCCUCCCACUUCUCUGCUCCCCUUGCCUCUCAUUUCUCUGCUCCCUUUGCCUCUCAUUUCUCUGCUCCCCUUACUCCUCAUUUCUCUGCUCCCCUUACCCCUCAUUUCUCUGCUCCCCUUGCCUCUCACUUCUCUGCUCCCCUUGCCUCUCAUUUCUCUGCUCCCCUUGCCUCAUUUCUCUGCUCCCCUUGCCUCAUUUCUCUGCUCCCUUUGCCUCUCAUUUCUCUGCUCCCCUUGCCUCUCAUUUCUCUGCUCCCCUUGCCUCUCAUUUCUCUGCUCCCCUUGCCUCUCACUUCUCUGCUCCCCUUGCCUCUCAUUUCUCUGCUCCCCUUGCCUCUCAUUUCUCUGCUCCCCUUGCCUCAUUUCUUUGCUCCCCUUGCCUCAUUUCUUUGCUCCCCUUGCCUCUCAUUUCUCUGCUCCCCUUGCCUCAUUUCUUUGCUCCCCUUGCCUCAUUUCUCUGCUCCCCUUGCCUCAUUUCUCUGCUCCCCUUGCCUCAUUUAUUUGCUCCCCUUGCCUCAUUUCUCUGCUCCCCUUGCCUCUCAUUUCUCUGCUCCCCUUGCCUCUCAUUUCUCUGCUCCCCUUGCCUCUCAUUUCUCUGCUCCCCUUGCCUCUCAUUUCUCUGCUCCCCUUGCCUCUCAUUUCUCUGCUCCCCUUGCCUCUCAUUUCUCUGCUCCCCUUGCCUCAUUUCUUUGCUCCCCUUGCCUCAUUUCUCUGCUCCCCUUGCCUCAUUUCUCUGCUCCCCUUGCCUCUCAUUUCUCUGCUCCCCUUGCCUCUCAUUUCUCUGCUCCCCUUGCCUCAUUUCUUUGCUCCCCUUGCCUCAUUUCUCUGCUCACCUUGCCUCUCAUUCCGCUGCUCCCCUUGGCUCGCAAUUCUCUGCCCCCCUACCCCGUUUCUCUCCUGAAAUACACCAUGGCGAUGCAUAAUGACAACUCUAUUCUGUUCCUUUCCCCCUCCCCUUCCCCCCACCCCCCCAAACCCUACCUGCUCUCCAGCAUGCGGGCGCACAACACAUGCGGGCGCACAACAGUGACGAUCCGCUCGCAGUACCUGGGGCCGUACGACCUGCACAACGACAUCUACAACAUGACCUUCUACAACGGCUGUGCCUACAACGUCACCAGCCCGCUGCGCGUGUGGCAGUGCUUCAACUUCUACAACAUAUGGGAGGGCGUCCUCGCCAACCCCGCGCCCAACCCCACGCAGUACCAGAUAGGCGACAUUUUCGUGCAGACCACGCCGGGGUACUGUGAGAUGCGCAUGAACCGCGGUGCUAGCGGCAAACUGCAGAUGCUCCCCGGGGAGACGGUGAACAUUGUGUAUGCGCAUUUGUGGGACUUCCGGCCCUGCGUGCAGGAGCUGCGCUUCGGCAACGGCAACAGCUAUUCCAUGACCAACGCCACCGAGUGCCAGCUCGCCAAGGUCAUUUAG